GGAGGUAUUGCUUGUCUCAUCUCGUUUUCCACUUCCCGCCCCCCUCCUCUCCUCCUUUAGGCAGCCGCCGCCUCCCCUCUUCCUCGGUUCCUCUACUCCUCCAGCGCGGUGGGGGCGGGGGACCAAGACGACAAUUGCGACGCUAUCAGAUAUACCAUUCUUCUACAAGAUGAGUAACAGUCACCCACUCCGUCCUUACACAGCAGUAGGUGAAAUUGACCAUGUUCACAUUCUGUCUGAUCAUGUUGGUGUUCUAAUGAAUGGGGAAGAGUACAGCGAUGUUACCUUUAUAGUGGAAAAGAAACGUUUUCCUGCGCACAGAGUGAUUCUGGCAGCAAGGUGUCAGUAUUUCAGAGCAUUGUUAUAUGGCGGAAUGCGUGAAUCACAGCCUGAAGCAGAAAUCCCUCUCCAAGAUACAACUGCAGAGGCCUUUACGAUGUUGUUAAAAUAUAUUUACACAGGCCGUGCCACAUUGAGAGAUGAGAAAGAGGAGGUCCUCUUAGAUUUCUUGAGUUUGGCUCAUAAAUAUGGAUUUCCAGAACUGGAAGAUUCCACCUCUGAGUAUCUUUGUACCAUCCUCAAUAUUCAGAAUGUUUGCAUGACCUACGAUGUUGCUAGUCUCUACUUACUUCCCAAACUGACUUGUAUGUGCUGCAUGUUUAUGGACAGAAAUGCUCAAGAGGUGCUCUCCAGUGAAGGCUUUUUGUCACUUUCUAAGCCAGCUCUUCUCAGUAUUGUAUUGAGGGAUUCAUUUGCUGCUCCUGAAAAGGAUAUUUUCCAAGCCUUGAUAAAUUGGUGUAAACACAACCCCAAGGAAAAUCAUGCUGAAAUUAUGCAGGCAGUAAGAUUGCCACUAAUGAGCUUGACAGAGCUUUUAAAUGUUGUAAGGCCUUCUGGAUUGCUGUCACCUGAUGCCAUUCUGGAUGCCAUUAAAGUUCGUUCUGAAAGUCGGGACAUGGACCUCAACUACAGGGGCAUGUUAAUACCAGGUGAAAACAUUGCCACAAUGAAGUAUGGAGCCCAAGUAGUUAAAGGAGAAUUGAAAUCUGCGUUGUUAGAUGGAGACACACAAAACUAUGAUUUGGAUCAUGGAUUUUCCCGACACCCCAUUGAUGAUGAUUGCCGUUCUGGUAUUGAAAUUAAAUUAGGUCAGCCAUCUAUAAUCAACCACAUAAGAAUACUGCUAUGGGACCGUGAUAGCAGGUCUUACUCCUAUUAUAUUGAGGUGUCCAUGGAUGAACUGGACUGGAUUCGUGUAAUUGAUCACUCCAAAUACCUCUGUCGGUCGUGGCAAAAAUUGUAUUUUCCUGCCCGUGUCUGCAGGUAUAUCAGAAUAGUUGGAACACAUAACACAGUGAACAAAGUUUUCCAUAUCGUGGCUUUUGAAUGCAUGUUCACCAACAAAACCUUUACUCUUGAGAAAGGGCUGAUAGUUCCCACUGAGAAUGUUGCAACUGUUGCAGACUGUGCCAGCGUGAUUGAGGGCGUGAGCCGAAGUCGCAAUGCCUUGUUGAAUGGGGACACAAAGAAUUAUGACUGGGAUUCUGGGUAUACGUGCCAUCAACUAGGCAGCGGUGCUAUUGUAGUACAGCUGGCACAGCCUUACAUGAUUGGAUCAAUUCGGCUACUUCUCUGGGAUUGUGAUGACAGGAGCUACAGCUAUUAUAUCGAAGUUUCCACUAACCAGCAGCAGUGGACCAUGGUGGCUGACAGAACAAAGGUUUCCUGCAAAUCUUGGCAGGUAGUAACGUUUGACAGACAAGCAGCAUCUUUUAUCAGAAUUGUUGGAACUCACAACACAGCUAAUGAGGUGUUUCACUGUGUGCAUUUUGAAUGCCCUGCUCAAACUACUGCUCACAAAGAAGAGGUUAGUGAGGAAGAUGUGGGCACAGGUGGGCAGCAGCUGGCAUCCCGCCCACCUCGAGCUUCAAGCACCAGCUCUGUACACUCCCUCCCAGGAUCCACCUCACAUUCAUAAGCUCACCAACCAUACAAGAGAGCAGAGAAGAGUAUUUGCAUUUGCGGAGAAGAGCAUUUCCAGUGCCAUGAUAAAAAUGUGUACCAUCUUUUUGUAUAGGCACCUCUUCAUUCUCCGUGUGGAUAAAGGGGACCAUAAGUGGCAGCUGGAGAUGUUCAAAUGGAGAAGGCUACCCAAAGACACAAUGGCGCUGCUACACACUUUCCACUUGGUUCAAAACGGGACGUUCUGAGGGGCAGGGGAAAUCGCCUUUCAGUUUGCAUCAAGUCUCUUAUAUUUACACCCUACCUCUUUAACCUAACGCAGGCAGGUAGAGCUGCAGGAAACAAACACAAAAACCAAGCCAAAUUGUAACACAGACAUGCCAUAUGAACAGUGGGGGAAAGAAGCAGUUGUAUAUGCCUUCAGAAGGCACCUGCUGGGAAAUAGGUCUUCCCUGAGAAUGUUUAUGGAAAAUCUGUCUAAAGAAGACAUAUUAUUUUUAUUAUUUAAUUUAUUCCUAAUCCAUAUUUCUCUGUAAAUUGUAAGCUGUUUGAAAACUCUGUGUAUAUAUUUAUAGAUCUGUUUCUUGGCUUGCGUUUUUCCAGUUGAAAUACUUCUAUGUUUAUCAUGCCAUCGUCAGUUAGAUCUUCUUGAUAGAGGCAGGCAUGUGAUAAUCUCACUCCUUUAGUCUCUUUCGCAAGGAAAACCCCACAAGGAGGUCAUGCAUAGGCUGUGUUGGAAUUCUAGCUAUCUGAAAUAAGUUACAAAUGGUCACUUUUUACCAUUGUAAAACUGAUAGGUUCCUAAAGAGAAGCAAAUAUUGACUGUUUUAUGAAUUAUUAAAGCAGGUUUUAAUUAUCUAAAGAUUAAUAUCUAAAAUUUUUGUGUUGGGAAAACAGAAAUCUAGUGAACAGCCAAUAUUUCAGGUAGAUUUGGUAUUGCUUGGAUAUGAGACUACAGUGCCAGCUAUUUAUUGUCAUAUUUGUUUUUAAAAAAACAAGAGUACAUUGUUCCAUUAGAAAUUAAAACACACACACACACACACACACACACACUUACUUCUAAGAAGCUUUUUGUAUAAUCUCCAUAAAUACAGAUUCAAAUUUGGAUAUUAUAGUUGGAUUUGUUUUAUGUUUUAUGUAAUUUACAUCCCAGCACUAUCUAUUCUUUGUAAUUUAAUCAGAUUACUUGUUUGUUUAUUCUGAACAUUUUUACCUACAGUAUUUGCCACCUCCAGUUCAUGCAACAUUCACUUGUGCUACAUGUACAUUUGCCAGAGUGGAAGUGGCUGUGUAUUUACACAAAAAUAUUUAUUCCUCUAAUUAGGAAAAUGAAAUGCAUUUGUCUUGAAAUAUGUGAUUUUGGAGAACAUUAUUGUCAACUUGAUUUUUCUAAAUUUGUGUAAUAGUUUGGUGCAAAUUGUAUUGACUAUAGUGUCUUAUAAAUAACAUUGUUGUCACCUGUGA